GAAAUACUUUCGCAUUCACGAGUCCGCCAUCAUGAGAGCACCAGAAGUCAUCGUUGGAACUUGGGAAGAACAUCAUCGAUAGGUUACAGAGGGAGAAGAGGAAUACGAAAUUAUGGAUCUAAAAGGAUGCACCACAGUUGAUGAAGUUGGAGAAGAUUCACAAGUAAGAAAUGUAGAAAGUUUCAAGCCAGCAACAGCAGCUGAGGAAAUAGAGUACUUAAAUAAGAUUCUUGCAAAGAUAGAAAAGUGUGACAUGAAAGAAAAUAGUAAAGAAGGUAUAUGCAGACUUGGGAAUCCUACUAAUGAAAUUGAUACUCACAGAAAUGACACUUGUAAUAAUAAUGCAGUUGAACCUCUAACAGAAAACUGCAGUGUGCUUACAAAUGUUGAACACAAAGGUGCUGAAUGUGAGCAAAAUUCUGUAUCGAAAGAAAGUAGAGAUAAAUUGGAGCUACUCUCUGAAAAUUGUGACACAAUAGAAAUUAUUCCUGAAGUAAACUUUGAUUUUAAAGCAUCAGAUAUUGAAGGGUAUGGCCUCCCCUGUGCUGAUGAUAUCUUGACUCAAGCUGAAAGUCAGCACUCAAUCAUUCAGGAAAAUGUAAGUGGCCAUGUACAAAAUGAACUUAGCACUGAACCCAGUCUUAUAAUGGCUAACCCUUCCGUUACAAAUUUGGAAGAGAAUUCCAAGCAGAAGUCUAGUUGCACUCAAAGUAGUAAUAGCUCAAAUGCUGAACUUGAAGAGAAACUAGAAACCUACUGUAUUGAAUCUAUCAGUUUAGAAGCAGUGAAUGAGAAUGGGAGCUCAGAGCUAAGCUCCAGUACAAUGGAGGCCACCAUAAUGCCUGUUAAUUGUUCAAGUGAAAGUUCAUCUGUGCUUGAGUCUGGACAUUAUUCAGCAAAGGAUACUUUUGAUUUUGUUUCAGGUGAGGAUAUUUCAGGAUCAUCAAAUUUAAAUUCAGUGGAACUAGGGGAUGUUUCAACCUUAAGCAAUGUUGUUCUUGGAGACAUUGGAAGUCUCUUGAAGAGUUCAACAGAUCAUCUAAAUGUUAUUGAAGGUACUGAAGAAAACAUUACUACAGAAUGCGAGACACAAAUUGAUCUUUCAAUAGUGAAAUCAGAACCUAUUUGUUCUGAUCCUGGUGAAGAGUUUAACCUCAAUGAUUUUUGCAGUGAUCCUGCUGAAGAAUUUGUGUUGAAUGAACACAGUGUUAAGGAAGAGCUAAUUGACUCUCCACCAGCUCCAGCUAUAAGCCAGGAAGAGGUGCUUUUACCAGUUAAAAUCUUUAAAAGUGAAGGUAACUGUGAUGAACAGAUCAUAACACCUAAUAUUAGGUAUCUUGUUGAAGAUCAUAAACAGUAUAGCCGGGAAGAAGUUGCUGCAGCUCUGAUAAUUUCACAGUCUUCACUUUCUCCUACAAUUGACAUGGAGAUGUUUCAGAAUCUUGGGAAAACAAAGCUGACUGUUAAACUGAGUCGUUUAGAGAAUAUGGUUCAAUGUCCAAAGAAGCUUGUCUUGGAGGAUUUCAAUGUUGUUCAGUUAUUUAGAAGUAAUUAUGGUACAUCAAUCCAAGAGUGGAAAAACUUCUUCAGCUUUAAGACAAACUAUUCAGUAAAACACACAGGAAAAAGAAACAAAAAACAUGCAAAUAAUGUUUCAUCUGACAAAAGAAGAGGCAAGAGGGGAAGAAAAAAGAAAUACACAAUAGAGACAGCUCAUGCUAAUUCAACAACCAAUUCAUUCAGUUUCAAAUCAGUUGAAGUUAAAGAUGAAUUAAGUGGGGAAACUGUUAAAGGUGACUAUACCACAAACUGCACUGAAGAAUCCAGCAAUGCUUGCCCAAAAAAUGAGGAACCAGUGCAGCUGAAGGAAGAGGCAAGGGAGGAAAGUUCAGGUGACUUUGAAAGUUAUUCAAAAUUUAAGGGAGAACCCAAGGCAUCAUUGAAAGGCAAUGUAAGUAAGAAGAGAAAAAGAACUCCUGAUCGUGGAAAUUUAGAGAAGGCUGAUGUGAGAUCAAAUGAAUCAAGCAUAAAAUAUGAAAAUGACAUGCUACAGUAUGCAGAUAUAUCAACUCCAUACACUUUGAAAGACAACCUGCGUGAGGAAAGUAGUGAAAAAAGAUUAGAAGACCACCAUCAGGUAAAUGAUGCUUGCAAAGCCUGCUUUGUACAUUUGUAUGAUAUAGCUAAUGAUCCCUAUUAUGGUAAAAUUGUCAGAAAUUGUUUAAAGCAGAGCAGUGAAAGUAGCAGAUUACUUGAACAUUUAACUGUAGAACCAAUGAAAGAAAGCCUUAAAGAAGGAGAAAUGUCUCCAUCUAUAACUAGAGAAGAGAAUGUUAGUGAAAAGAUAGACAACAGUUUUGCAGGUUUUUCACCAGUAAAGUUGAAAGAACAAGUGUCAUCUUUGCUGGAAAAUGUUAAAGAUUUGGUAGCUAACACAGGAAAAGUCGAUUUUGCUAUCAAAGAAAUAGAACAAAAGACUUUAUUUAAGGAAACAGGUGAAAAUACUCAUGAAAGGGGUGAGCUUGAUGCAUUAAAAGGAAAAAAUGAAAAUUCUGGUGAAACUGCUGAAUCUAGUAAAACUAGCACGACAAUGAAAGAGUCAUUUGAAAUUGAUUACUGUAAGAAAGAAAUUGAUAAUGAAGAAGGACUAGGAUUGAAAAGAGGACUUGAGACAAGUCAGAGAAAAGUUGAUGUAGAAUUAAAGCUUGAAAAGGAAGAUGAAUAUUUAAAAGAAAAAGAUGAAAGAAGAGCAAGGAAAAAGCAGAAAUUAGAAGUAAAUGAUAAAAUAGCUGAAAUGGAAGAAAACUCCAAAGAAAGAAAGAAAUCUUUAACAGAAAAUGACUUACAUAGAGUUGGAUCAGAAACAGAGGGAAACAGCCUGAAAUAUAAUAAGAAAAAGGAUCAAUUUGCUGAUUAUAAGAAGAUUAAAGAAGAUUUUUUAACAAAUAAAGACAGGAAUCCCAUUGCAUCACCAUUAUCAUCUCUUGCUUCAUUCAAGAUUCCCAAAAAGAAGGUUACUCAUGUUCAAGAAGUAAAGACCCAAGAACAUAAUUCUGUAUUACAUAGAAGAGGAGAAACACCUGCAACACAAAAAUCAGUUGGAUACUUUUCAAAUAAGAGAAUAAGUCAUGGCAAAAAGAGAGACAACAAAGAGAGGGAAACCUAUAAUGUAAGAAAUAUUAGAAAAGAGACAAAACCAGUCAUUCAUGCCUAUCCACACCCACCUGUUGUUGAAGGUUGGGCCAAAAUGACACGUGUACCUCCUGUUCACAGUGGGGGCUGUUAUCCCCAAGCUGGCUUUUCUAACACAGAUAUUAGAUGCAAAUAUCCAACUCCUGUUGCUCAUCCAGAAUAUGGAAAUCCUAAAACCCAAUUAGAAAUGGCAAACCAGGUCAGAAUGUACCCAAGCCCACAUACGGGGGGAUAUGUAAAACCACCUGUGGUUGCCAAAGUUGAACAUAAUUUCCCAAGUUCUAAUCAUGGGCUAAUGAAUACAGAUAAAGCAGUAAAACAAACAAAAGUUCUAAUAGAUAUUCCACCUCCACCUCCACUUGAGAAAUUGGAGAUUGAUUCACCAAAGCUUGGAGAAAAUGUUAACAUUCAGUCAUUGCCGUAUGAGUCAAGUCCAGUCAUGUCAUAUGGUUAUUCUAGUGAUGGGGAAAGUGAUGUGUCAGAAAUUAGCAAGACAAAAGUGGCUUGUUCACAGCCCUUGCAGACCAAUGUGAUUGACAAAUCUAAUAAUGAAAAGACUGAAAGAUGUAAAUCAAGUUUAAGCUGUGCUCUGUCUUCUGUCACAAAUGAGACUAACACAUCUGAUAUUGAUGUGGCUGAAAUUUGCAAAGUAAGUUUAGGGAAUGCACACCCUUCUGACACUAGUAUGGAAGAUUCUUCUAACGUGAUCACUGCAACAUGUGCAUCUGAUACUUCCAGUGUUAUAUUAAAAGGAAAGGAGAUUGAGCCACACCUUAAAGUGACUUCAGCACAUGAGUCUUCAAAAGACAAAGUAGGGAGAACUGGAGGAGCCUCUAAAGAUCAUUAUCAGCAUUUGGAUAAAAAGCAAAAGAUUAGGUUGUAUGAGAAACGCAAAAAAUAUUACUUUGUCAAAAAGCGGUAUCAUGCAGAAAAGGGAGAUAAGAAAAAGGUUUGGUAUAAGGAAUAUGAAAAAAGGAAGAAAGAGUACUAUCAUUUGAAAAUUUAUCUCUAUAAGGAGAAGAAAAGAGAAUAUAAUGAAAAUAAGAUUCUUGGAAAAAGCUGUGAGACUCACAACAAUGAUGCAGAUCCACAGUUAUAUGAUGAAACAGAAGCAUCUGAACAGAAGGAAACAAACAAUGAUGCGGCAAUGGAAGAAGAAGAAAUUCCAUAUUCUCCCACUGCUUCACCAAUUGACUUCAAUGAAGAUGAUUACAGCACUGAUGUGCAGAGUUCAUUACUUGAUGCACCAAGAAAACAGACUGUGAAAGAAAAAUCAAAUGAUGAUUGUGAUGAAAACUUUUACAGAAUUAAUGUGAAAGCAUCAUUGCUUGAUGAUGCUCCUAGAAAACAAACUUUGGAUGAAGAAGAUCAAGAUGGAAAUGUUCUCUUGAAUUACCCAACUGAAAAAUUGAAGGAAAUGAUAAUGCAAGUAAUGACUACUUUACAUCAGCAGUCAGGUGAUGAUUCAGGGAAUCAAUCUCUGGACUCUGAAGUCAAGUCAAAGAAAGAAUGUGAAUCAAAAGCUGAUGGUGAUAAAUCUCAGUCAUUAGAUUUUACAUCUGCAUCUUUAUUACAGCAGCAGACAUCUAGUACUGUGACUCAAGUUUCUGUUACUUCAGCAUUGGAAAAGAUACCACGCCCAGUUCCUCCCCCAUCUGCUCCUCUUUCUCUACCACAACUUCUAGUUUCAAAAUGUGUGCAUAAAGAUACUUUGUCAACAAGCUCUGCUUCCCUGAUGACUGAUUCAUCUCUACAGCCUAUAUCAUCCUCUGCUGUAGUUCUCUCUUCCAUCUCUUCAUCCACUUCAAAUAAGCAGUUGAUUCAUGACCAGUCUCCAAGUCUAUAUAGCGUUUCAAGUACAAAAACCCGGAAUGCUGCUCUUCCAAUGUUUGAGAAGUCUGACCUUGAAAUAGAAAAGGAGGAUUCUGGGCCUACUUCAACACCACAAAGUGGUACUUCUCUGACAUCACUUUCUCCCUUGCCUUCACUUAAACAUGGAAAAGAAUUUGCUACAAAGCUUACAAAAGAUUCAGAAAAAGGAUCAGGAACUCCAAUUCCUCCUGAUGACGUGUUUCCACCUUUUCCUCCUCUACCCCCACCUCCUGCACCGGAAGAAGAAAUCACUAAAAAGGCAUCAGAAUCUGUAGAUGAAAAUGAAGUUGUAUUAGGGGAACAGAAUGCCUUAGAUGAUAUGACAGAAGUACCCAUGGACAUUGAUUCUGGUGAUGAAACAGGUGAUUGUCAUGACAGUGAUGGAGAUGAUAUUAGAGUGUCUGGUUCUCAUGACAAUAUUAGAGAUAAUAAUGUAAUAUCAGAUCAUCAUGACUUUGAUAAAGGUAGUACUGAAAUUGCCAAUUGUGGUGACAGUGACAAGGAAUAUCUGUCCAAAUUUGGCAUAAGUGAAAAGAAGUCACCAUCAUUGGAAAAAGAAGUGGAUAAAGAUGACAGUACUGAUAAUUCUCACUUGACAAAAUUAUUGAAGAAACUAAUGAGGGUGAGCCAUGUAAAUAAGUCACAGGACAUAGCUGAGAAAGAAUGUGGAUCCGGAGCAGAAAUUAAUGGAGUUACUACUAACCUUACUGUGGAUAAAGCCAGCAAUUCCUUGAAUUCAACAGUAUUUGGCCAACAAGAAGUGGAGGGUCAAAAUCCAAUGAGGGAACAAAAUACACAAAUAGUCCAUGGUCCAGAUAUUGGAAAAGCAGUUACUCCUACAGAAAAUAAGGAAAUAAUAAAAAUGGGCUCAAGUGGAAGGCAAUUAGAAGUGACUUCAGUGGUUUCAAGCAAGCAAGAUGAAAAAGAAAAAUCUGACACAACACAAAGUGCAAAUUUCAGGAAUGAAAUAGAGAUUAUCGGAAUGAAGGAACCUCGAAAGAAUUUAAUUUGUGUAGAUGAAAUUCUUAUGUCUGUUGAAGCUGCCGAUCAACCUCCUGACCUCCAAAUAAUCUACACUGAUCUAAGAAGUGAUCCAAGUGAAAUGAGAAACACAGUUAGGGAUGAAGUACCAAAGUACUACCAGAAGACCGCUCUGGCUCAGAUGUUGGUGGACAAAUGCAAAGACAUUCCACUUGUGGGUUUGCAGUAUGUUUUGGAGGUACGGAAGGACCUGGACAUGACCCUUGAUGGUUGUUAUUACAUCUGUGCUGUCUGUAGCAAGAAAAUGACAGCCCAUACUCUGGUUGCUCACAUAAAGAGUGUUCCACAUAGGCUGAAAUUUUCUGAGACACACUGCAAACAUAUAUAUGAUAGAUAUUCUUCAUAUGAUUUGAAAGAGUGGACAGCUUCUCUGGUGAAGGAAUUUACCUUGGAUCUUGCUCAGAUUGAAAAAAAGAUGGGGAGACACAAACUGGCAGUGGCUUUUGAGAGAGAUAUUUCAUCAGUACUGAAAUCUCUAAAGCAAAAAAUUCUUGAUAUCGGUAAUCUAAGUCGACUACAAGAGGAGAAGACUAAAGUGCUAUUGAAUCAAGCACCGAGUUCUGUGGCCCCAGUAGUAACUAAAAGUUCCAAACCCAUCACAUCGCUUGCUGGUAAUGUCAAGGAGGUACCCCUUCCAGGUUCUCCCAUGCCUAAAAGUAGUGGGACAUCUGUUCUCUCCAAGAAUGAUAUUCCAUUGCCACCAAAGCCCAAGUCACCAGGAUCUAAGGGACAAAACAUUAGCAAGAACUAUGAUGAUGAUGAGCAGGAUGUGGAAGAUGAUGUUAUUGUUACAGAUGUUAAAAAUGCUGCAAAUGAAAAGAAGUUUUCAUCAAAUGGUCAAGGAUUUACAAAGCGAAACUAUCGCCCUGGGCCAAAUGCUCGUAGGAGGAGCAGUUCAAGAUCAAACACACCUACACUUUCACCGAGAAAAACAUGGUCAAGAUCAAAAUCACGGUCUAAAUCUAGGUCACCUAAGAGAAUUAUUUCACCCUCCAACAAGCAGAUGAAGCAUGGUGGAUCACCACGCAGGAAGCCUGACAGGCAAAUUUAUGUGGCUGGCAAAAAGAGAAGGCAUUCAAGAUCACCUGUGUCUCCACGACGCCACAGCCGUUCGAGGUCUAGCUCAAGAGAUAUACGUAAGCGUUACAGGACAAGGAGCCGGUCUCGAUCAAGACACAGGUCACCCUACAGAAGAAAGGACAGUCGAUCCCAUCGGUCUCCCCCAAAGAGAGAAUCUUCUGAAGAAAGGGCCCGUCGUGUUGCUCGCAGGAAGUUGGAGGAUUUCCGUGAAGCUGAAGUGAGAAUAAAAGCAAGGCACAAAAACCAACAGAUUGUUUAUGAGAAGACACCUGAGUCACAUCCUCUUUACAAGUGUGAGUGGAAGACCUUCUGGGAACGUCGUUGCCGUGAACUAGAAAAAGAUGGUGUUGAUCCAUUUCUCUAUGACUUCAAGACUGAGUGGGCAAGGUUUUGGCUUCACCGUAUGAAAGAAAUAUUGGACAGAAGCUACAAGACCAAGAGAGAAAGACUUCUUAGGAAAUUGAAACUGAAUGAUCCCGAUUUGGAAGAAAAUAAAUCACUUUCCAAGGACACUCCUACCUCAUCAUGGAGACCCAGUGGUGAAAGUGUGGAGAGAGUAAGUCGUAUCGACAGAUCUCCAAGUCCAUGGGAACAGGAUGAAGGUGCCCCUAGUAUUGCCAGAAAUCCCUCUCCAAUACCUAAAGAAGCAGGGAAGUGUGCAGGAACUGAAGAGUCCUCAAAAUUCAAUGAGAUUUCUACUAGUAAAUUUGAAGAUGAUUUUUCUGUAAUAGGUACUCUAAAGCUUUUAAAUGAAAUGGAAGAUCAGUUAGGGUCCUUUGGGCCUGCAAUUUCCACACUUCUUGGAAAAGCAGUUGAUUGUAGUCAGAAAGGUGAAGAUACUUUAGAACUUUUUAAGGAUCCUGACAAUUUGGUUCUAGUUCGUUAUGCAAGAGAAAAAUUAUCUUCCCAGAUUUCAGCUGGGAUACUAGGAGUAACUGCUUUAGUAAGAACUCAAAUGGCUGUUGAGAGAUCAAUGUGGCUUCAAUCUCAGGCUGAAAAAUUAGCCAGUGAAGGAAAGUAUCUAGGCCUAGAUAUAACAGGCAUUGCAAGAGCAACAUUAGGGAAAGACACAGUCCAAAUUGCACAGUACAUUGCUCAGCAUUUACUUCAAGUUGGUAAAUCCAAUGCUAGUGAGGCUGAUUUACAGAACAUACUUUAUGCUGUAUUAGCAGCACACACAAAACUAUUAGUAGAAACUUCUAAAAAGACUCAGGUUGAUACUCCAGUUGUAGGAAGUGCAGCUCCAGUUUCUACCCCUAUUGUGACUGCCCUUAAUGAUCCUCCCAAAAAAUUGCCUCCUACAUCAACCAAAAUAUCCGAAGGUACAAAACCACCACUGUUUCCAUCUACUGUUGGAGAUGACAAAGAUGAAGAUGAUAAGGAGGAAGGUGAUGGAGAUUCUUCAGAUAAAAUGGGUGGCUUGAGCCUAUUACAGAAUGCUUAUGAAGAAGAAAAUGGAAAGGAAAUGGAAAAUUUGUCAUUAGAAGACUUACGGUCACUUCUAGGAAAUUUCAACUCCUUGAAUCCAGAGGAAAAGCAAGCUCUCACAACCUAUCUAAAGAAACUAGAAGCUACUGAUAGUAAGAAAGUGAUGAAAUUAAGAGAAGAAAUUCAGAAAAGUGGAAAGACUGGAGCAAAAGGUGGUAGUACUAAAUCAGCAUUCAAAUCAGGAAAAUCAGCAUUACGCUCCCAAAAUGUCCCUAACACCAACUCCAACAAUGCUAGUCAACAACAACCUUCAGAAGGUAUACGAGAAUUAACUCCUGAGAAACAACAUUGCUCUGAAAUGCCUCCAUUGCAGACAAAUGAGGACAGAAACUCAAGAUCUCACUCUUUGGAAAAUGUAAACCAACCAGGUAGAGUUCCACAGGAAGAUCAAUUUAUUGGUAAUUCUGAAAUGGAUGUCAUGCAUGAAUCUCGAGUUAUGUUAGGACCAUCAACAAGUCUUGAUUCCCCUCAUAACAACAUGCCUCCAGCACCAAUUGGAAUGACUGAAAUGGCGCAUGAAUUUGGACAAGGCAUUAAUCGUAAUCCUGAUCAUAGACCUCGUCACAUCGAUCAACCUAUGUUUGAAGAUGGUCGCAAUUGUGCUUUUCCUCCUGGACCUCCAAGACCACAAGGACCUCCAGGACCUCCAGGACUUCCAGGACCUCCAGGACUUCCAGGACCUCCAGGACCAUUCAUGGAAAGAGAGGAGCAAGGUUUUGGUAUGACAGAACCCCAUAGAUAUAGUAUGAAUAAUCCUGACAGAAACUUUGACCGUUUUGACUAUGAGCGCAUGCAAGGGCCACAUAAUCCAAUGGGUCCACAAGGUCCUGAUAGGUAUAAUAGACCUCCACAGCCCAACAAUCCUCAUUGGCAAGGAUUUGGCAGGAAUGGUCCACGUAUGGAUGACCGUCCUUUCCCACCACGAGAUGAAAUGAAUUACAAUUGGUUUGAUGAUGGACCACAGCCUUCAUUUGAACAGAGAGACUUUGCCCCGCGGGGACGGCCAGACUAUCCAUUUAGGGGAGGACCACGCCGAGGACAUCAUCCAAACAUUAGACAACCAUACAGGGAACCUUGGUAAUUGCUUUUGCUGAUCUUGGUUUCAGUCAGUGUAUCACAUUUCAAGCAAAUCACCUCAUUAGUUUUCUUAUGAUAAGAAGUUAUACUAUCAUCAAAAUGAAACCCUGAAGAUUUCAUAUUUUUGGAGUAUGUACAUAAAGAUAUUUUAUCCAAGGAAACUUGUGGGUAAAAUAAGGGACAUACAUGUUUGCCAAUAGAUAAUUUGUAAAUAUGGUCAAUGUAAUACUUCAUUAUUCCACUUCACAGAGUGUACACAAUUUUUAAUAAAAAAAUUUUUAUAA